UGACCGCCGCCGCCCCAGACGCUUCCCUAGUCGCGCAAGCAGCCGGACGGCUCGGUGCAGUCGCCCACCUGGACCACGCAGCCAGGGGCUAGGACACGUGGGAUUCACCCUCCGCCCAACUCGAGCUACGCUCACAGCCAACAGAACAAUGAAGGACUGCAGUAACGGAUGCUCCGCUGAAUACCUUGGAGAAGGAGGAUCAAAAGAGGUGGUGGAGACUUUCAGGGCUAAAGAUCUAAUAAUCACACCAGCCACCAUCUUGAAGGAAAAACCAGAUCCCAAUACUCUGGUUUUUGGAACUGUGUUUACGGAUCACAUGUUGACAGUGGAGUGGUCCUCUGAGUUUGGUUGGGAGAAACCUCACAUCAAGCCUUUUCAAAACCUGUCACUGCAUCCUGGAUCAUCGACUUUGCAUUAUGCAGUAGAAUUAUUUGAAGGUUUAAAGGCAUUUCGAGGAGUAGAUAAUAAAAUUCGACUGUUUCGGCCAGAACUCAACAUGGAGAGAAUGUGUAAGUCUGCUGUGAGAGCCACUUUGCCGGUGUUUGACAAGGAAGAGCUUCUGGAGUGUAUUCAGCAGCUUGUGCAGUUGGAUCAAGAAUGGGUGCCCUACUCCACCUCUGCCAGUCUCUACAUUCGUCCCACGUUUAUUGGAACUGAGCCUUCUCUUGGAGUCAAGAAGCCUACCAAAGCCCUGCUCUUUGUAAUCUUAAGCCCAGUGGGACCUUAUUUUUCAAGUGGAACCUUUAAUCCAGUAUCCCUGUGGGCCAACCCGAAGUAUGUCAGAGCCUGGAAAGGUGGGACUGGAGACUGCAAGAUGGGAGGGAAUUAUGGGUCGUCUCUUUUUGCCCAAUGUGAAGCAUCAGAGAAUGGUUGUCAGCAGGUUCUUUGGCUCUAUGGAGAGGAUAAUCAGAUAACGGAAGUCGGAACUAUGAAUCUUUUUCUUUACUGGAUAAAUGAAGAUGGAGAGGAAGAACUGGCAACUCCUCCGCUAGAUGGCAUCAUUCUUCCAGGAGUGACGAGGCGGUGCAUCCUGGACCUGGCACACAAGUGGGGUGAAUUUAAAGUGUCAGAGAGGCACCUCACCAUGGACGACUUGACAACCGCCCUGGAGGGGAGCAGAGUGAGGGAGAUGUUUGGCUCUGGCACAGCCUGCGUUGUCUGCCCAGUUUCUGAUAUACUAUACAAGGGCGAGACGAUACACAUUCCAACUAUGGAGAAUGGUCCUAAGCUUGCAACCCGUAUCUUGGACAAAUUGACUGAUAUCCAGUAUGGAAGAGAAGAGAGCGACUGGACAAUCGUAUUAUCCUGAAUGAAAAAUGCAGAAAAUCUACUGUAUGCUUUUGGAAUAGACUGCUGCAUUUGAAUUGUGAUAGAUCUUUUUGCCUACCUGUUAGUAGUUGUGCAUAAUGUAGUUUGCAUUAUUAGUGUGUUACAAGAAUGACUUUUUUCCCCCCUUGUGCCAGAGAACAUGAAUCGUAAUUGUCAAAUGGUGUUUUGUAAGCUUGGUAGUAGUAGCUUACCUUCCUACCUUUUCCCAGAAAGAUAAUAAUGUAAGCCAUAUAACAGAAUUUUCCUUAAUAAUUUGAGUGCUUCCCUUAGUAGUUCACUCAGAUCCAAAAAUGUUUAUUAUUUAGUAUAAGGUAUGGCUCCUCAACCAAAUGAGAUGUGUGUGUGUGUGUCUGAAAGCUAAUUUGAAUACUUCAUAGGUAAUGUUUCUGGUGACACAUCAUUAGCCUCAGAAGCACUCAGAAAGUGCUUUAUUUUAAAAUGAAGAUUCUAAAGAAAAACUGGAUUUCCUUCCAUCAUUGUGUUUUUCAGGCCCUUAAGUCCACCUUAAGGUAAAUACCUCCCUUCUUCAGGUAUCUCAGUCUGCUGUGAGCUCACCUGUGCAUCCGUAAAACCUGGGCACGUUGCUGCCACUGCCUUUCCACAUGGCUUUGUAACUGGCUGUCCAUGGGCUCCUACCAGACUGACGGCCUAAUGCCUUAUAGAUCUUUGUAUCCCCAAUGCCUGGCACAUGGUAGGUACUCAGUAAAUGUUUGAUGCGAAUGAACAAACGAACAAAUGAACAUAUAGCUUCUAUAGAAGUAUACCUUCUCUGUUUCUGUAUUUUGAAACCUGUAUUAGAAUUUGUGAACAAUU